UACGUGUUUCAGACCACCAAACACACCCUCUCUCUCUUACAGUAAAUAAAAAAUAAAAUAAAGGAAAGACGAAAGAUAUUUUUCUCUUUAAAAUUCCGAGCCCUGUACGUUGAAAUUGAAAAUUAUCGAAAGCGGAGUUUCCACGCAAAAUUCCAUUCAAUUUUCUUGUCUUUUCAAUUCAAUUCCACUUCCAGUUUCCACCCUUGAAUUCCUCUCUCUCUCUUUGAUUCCAAACGCUGUCGUAUCUCUGGCUCGUUUUUCAUCUACUGGUUUCUCAAACGAUCGAAUUCCAAGCUGAUUCCAGAACGUCGGCGUUUUCAGAACCACAACCGGCAAGGAACCAAACGGAGGGUCUUUCGGCCUUUAUAUACACAUUCGUACGUGUAUUUUGUGCAGGGCAGAGAGACUUGGGCAUUGGCCGCGAGUUUUGCGUACUGAAAGGAUUGGAUUUGGAUUUGGAUUUGAAUUUGAAUUUGUUGUGAGGAGCAGAAAUGAGUACACAGCUUUUGGAAAUUCAACCCAAGGAACUGAAAUUCAUAUUUGAAUUGAAGAAGCAUAGUUCAUGCUCAAUUCGACUGGCCAAUAAUACCCAUAACUAUGUUGCUUUUAAGGUUAAAACUACAUCCCCUAAGAAGUACUGUGUGCGACCAAAUGUAGGCAUUAUUUCGCCGAAAUCAGCUUCUGAUUUUACAGUUACAAUGCAAGCUCAACGGACAGCUCCACCUGAUAUGGAGUGCAAAGACAAGUUCUUGAUCCAAAGCACAAUAGUUCCUGAUGGGACUACUGAUGAGAACAUUGAGCCUAGCAUGUUUGCCAAAGAUGGCGGCAAGUACAUUGAAGAGAACAAGCUGAGAGUAAUCCUUGUUAGCCCACCCCAUUCGCCAGUGUUGUCACCAAUUAAUGGAGCACUGAAACAGGGGCUGGCUUAUGAAGCUUCAAAGCCGAAAAGUCAGGUUUUGAGUAGAGUUGAAACAAAGCAAACGGUUACUAAGGAUGUAGAUGAGUUCAAAUUGGUCAAUGAUGAGGUGCUACGGCCAGAAAAGGAUAUGGAGUUCGAAGCAGUGGAGGAUGCAGAACAGAGUCCAGCAAAUGAUGCAGAACUGAGGACAGGAAAUGAUGAUGCAGAACUGAGGACAGCAAACGAUGCAGAAUUUGAGCAAGAAAAGGAUUUAAAACUGAAGCCAGCAGAGGACGUGGGGUUAAAUUCAAUAAAGAAUGUAGAGGAGUUAAAUAUAAUUAAAGAUGUUGAGGAGAUGAAGUCAAAACUAGAUGGUCUUGAAUCAAAGCUAAGGGAGGCUGAAGUUACUAUUUCAAAGCUAACGGAGGAGAGGAGAUCAAGCAUUCAAGAUAUAAAAGUCUUGCAGGAGAAACUUGCAGAAUUGAGCAGAAGAGGAGUAAGAAGAGUUCAAGUCGGAUUCCCGCUUCUAUUUGUUUGUAUGGUGGCACUCAUCAGUGUUGUGGUUGGAUACCUUUUACACCGUUGAACAGUGCACAAAGCCUUAACAAUAUAUUGAUAGUUAGAGGUAUAAAAGUACAGGAAUCCCUUGAACUGAUGUAUUUUAGUCAGCAUGUUCAAU